AUGGCUCCAGCUUCGCCCAACGCCCUCGACAUCAUCAUCCUGGGAGGUGGCAUUUCUGGCCUCACCACCGCCCUCGCCCUCACCAACUUCGCACCCCAAGGCCAGGUACCUCGCAUCCACAUCUUCGAGAUCCGUCCCGAGCCCGCAACGGUAGGCGGCGCCGUCAAUCUCACGCCCAAUGCCCUCCGCAUGCUCGACCACCUCGGUGCAUUCAAAUACAUCCGACAGAACAAUUUCGGCAAGGACAUCGACUACCUCGAAGUCUUCGACGUUUAUUCCGGCAAGAUCGCCGAAUCUCGAUUCGAUGGACCCGAGGGCAAAGGAAUCGGCGAGCCUCCCUUCAAGGCUCUCCGAAUCACCCGUGGAGAUUCCCUCAAGGCCGUCCUGUACGCGCUCAGGGAGCACGAGAACAUCACUCUGACCUGCGGCAAGCGAACGGUCAAGAUCGACGAGACUCCCGACAAUGUCACCAUCAACUUCGAAGACGGCGGCUCGGCAACUGGAGAUAUCCUCAUGGGCUGUGAUGGCAUCCACUCUAUCACCCGUCUGAAGCAUGUCGAACCCGAACGACAAGCUACGUACACCGGUGUCUCCAACGCCUUCGGCUUCGCUCCCGUUGACAAGGAUUUCAAAGUCCACUUCGAAUGCACCGCCAUCAACUUCGCACAGCGUGGAAUGCUCUUGACCAGCUACCACUCCCCCAGAACCGACUCCAUCUACGUCGGUGGUCUGAUGCAAGUCCCAGACGUCGGCUCACGAGACGGCUGGAAAUCAGAAGGCGCAGACGCAGAGAAGACCAGGCAGAGACUGAUGGAUCGAUUCGGCGACGCCCAAAUCCCAUGCAUCAAGCCUCUGAUCGAGCAAGCCCAGGAUUUCUUCCUCUGGCCUGUAUACACCCUCACCAAGCAUGGCAAAUGGUCCACAGACCGAGUCAUGCUCCUCGGAGAUGCCGCCGUAAGUCCCCUCUCAUCUCCAGCAACCCCAUCCGCCAACAAGACUCCCUAACAUGUCCCCUUUUCUCUCCUUCUAGCACGCCAUGCCCCCACAAGGCGAAAGCACCGGCAUCGUCUUCGAAGACACCGUCCUCUUCUCCCGCUGCCUCGCGCGCUGGAUCGAAAAGGGCAAACCCUCCAACAGCCCCAAAGAAGCCUUCCAAGCCUACGAGAACCUCCGCCGCAAACGCAUCGAAGAAGCCUUCGAGGAAUCCAAAAACGUCGUGAGCACCGUCUCCGACGCGGGCUGGCUGGGACACAAGAUCAAGACCUUCAUCGUUCCGUGGUACCUGUGGCUCUCCAAGGCGAAUCGCCAGAAGCAUUUCUUUGAGGAUGUCACCAAGUCGGAGAUUGGAUAUUAG